AUGCAACUAAAAUAUCUUAAAACCAUACUAGAGGGUCAGGACCACAUAAAUCGCAUUGCUGGCCUUGCCUGGUCACCAAAUCACAAAAAGUUAGCUGUGGCCACGGCUGAUCGCCAUAUUCUAUUGUACGACGACGCCGGUGAACGACGUGAUAAAUUCUCGACCAAACCUUCUAAUCCGGCCAAUGGCAAACAAUCGUAUGUGGUACGUGGACUGGCAUUCAGUCCCGAUUCGACAAAAUUGGCCGUAGGUCAAAGUGACAAUAUUGUCUAUGUCUAUAAAUUGGGUGAAUCGUGGACGGACAAAAAAGUUAUUUGCAAUAAAUUUCCACAAUCGGCAGCUGUUACAGCCUUAAUAUGGUUAUCAUCGGGGGCCAUUAUUGCAGGUCUUGACGAUGGCAAAGUUCGUGCAUUGCACUGUAAAACGAAUAAAUCACAAAGUCUGUACGGAGCCGACAGUAUCUGUAUAUCAUUAGCGCCGAAUACAAGAGGAACGGCUUUUUUAUCCGGCCACAAUGAUGGCACCAUUAUUCGAUUCUUUUUGGUGGAUGACAGCAAUGAACCGUCGGGACGCAUAAUUCAACAUCCUGUGCCACCAUUUGCAUUGGCCUGGCCUCAGGGUGGAUUUUGUGUGGGUGGAUGUGAUCAACGUAUUGUUUUCUAUGAUACAAUGGGACGUCAGGUUCGUACAUUUGAUUACUCGCGCACCGAAGGCGAACGUGAAUUUACGGUGGCUGCCUGCAGUCCCAACGGCCAAGCGGUGGCCUUUGGCAGUUUCGAUCGCAUACGCAUAUUUACAUGGAGUCCUCGACUGUCGGCAUGGAGUGAAAGUGCCACAAAAGACAUCAAUUUCUUUUAUACCGUUACCUGUUUACUAUGGCGACGUGAUGGUGCAAGAUUAGCCAUGUCCAGCGUUACCGGCGCCGUAAUCGUAUUUGAAUCGGUUCUUAAACGUACCAUUUGGCAGGAUAAAUUUGAGCUGAUUUUUGUUGCACCAAGUCAAUUGCUGGUACGUUCCCUACAAGAACCUGACGAACAAAUGACUAUCGAAUCUCAAUUGGGCCUGGAAAUCGAUGACGUCCGCAUAAUGGGAAAAGAUAAUUUUCUAGUGGCACGCACCGAAGAAUCACUUAUACUCUGUGAUCUGACACGUAAUCUGGUCAGUGAAGUGCCAUGGUCGGCAUCGGGACGCCAUGAACGUUUCUAUUUUGAAAAUCCCACAGUUUGUCUAAUAUUCAAUGUGGGCGAACUGAGUCUUGUCGAAUAUGGUGAACAACAAAUUUUGGGUUCGGUGCGCACCGAAUUUGUUAAUCCGCAUGUGAUCUCGGUGCGCCUAAAUGAACGUGGCAAUACAAGGAACAACAAAAAGUUGGCCUUCCUUUUGGAUGCCAAGACAAUCUGUGUCGUGGACUUAAUUAGCCAAAUGGUUAUUGGCCAGGUAAAUCAUGAAACAAAAAUCGAUUGGAUAGAAUUGAGUGAAACUGCCCAUAAGCUUCUCUUUCGUGACAAGAAAAUGCGUCUCAUACUAAUCGAUAUUUAUACGGGCAAAAAGCAGACACUCCUCAACAAUAUUUCUUUCGUACAAUGGGUACCGCAAAGCGAUGUCGUUGUUGCUCAAAGCAAUAAUAAUCUGGCCAUUUGGUAUAACAUUGAUUUGCCAGAACAUUUGACCUUGAUGGCCAUACGUGGUGAAGUUGUGGAAGUCAUACGUGAGGGGGGCCGUACCAUAGUAGUUUCGCACGAAGGACCCACCGAGCACACCUAUCAAUUAGACGAAGGCUUAGUGGAAUUUGGCACCGCAGUUAAUGACAGCGAUUUUGGACGAGCCGUUCACUUCCUCGAAACAUUGGGCGAUAAACCGGCAGCCAAAGCUAUGUGGCAUAAUUUGGCCAUAAUCUCAAUGGAAGAUGGUAACCUGCGUGUGGCUCAACGUUGUUACGCAGCUCUGGGUAACGUCUCAAAAGCGUAUUAUUUAAACGAAAUGAUAGAAGAGGCGGAUAAAUUCGAAGAAUCCACCGGAUCUCCAGGUAUACAAUGUCCGGAAGUUCGAGCAAAAUUGGCGCUACUUUCAUCGGAUCUAAGGACAGCGGAGCGAAUAUAUUUGGAACAGGGCGAUAUGGAAGCUGCCUUGGAAAUGUACAAGAAAUUAAGAAUGUGGGAUGAGGCAGUGAGCUUAGCCGAACGGCGAGGCUACCUGGGUCUGGCACAACUCAAGGAAAAUCAAAUGUCGUUUCUUUUGACAACGGGCCAAGAGGAGAAAGCCGGCCAGGUAUUGGAAGAACAGGGCGAAGUAGAAAAGGCCAUGACAUUGUUUUUGAAGGCCAAUAAACCGGCUAGGGCUGCCAGAUUGGCCCUGAAAACUCCCCAUUUAAUGGAUGAUCAUUCGCUGAUGAUGAAAGUCACGGAGGGUUUAGUUAAUUCGGAACUUUUCGAAAUGGCUGGUGACAUUGCCUACCGCCUGUCACGCCCAGAGGCCGCCCUAACUUUAUACCGUAAAGGUGGGGCUUUUGCUCGUGCUUUAGAUUUGGCGCGUCAGUUGGCGCCCGAUGAAGUUACCUCCUUGGAAGAAGAAUGGGGUGAUUGGCUGGUAUCACGCAAACAACUCGAUGCCUCCAUAAACCAUUACAUUGAAGCUGGUGCCACACAAAAGGCCUUGGAAGCAGCUGUCGGUGCCAAACAGUGGCGUAAAGCUGUGCAAAUAGCCAAGGUUCUAGAUGAACCGGAGGAGAUUCAACGUUACGCAUUGGAUUUAUCAAAACAUUUAGCAUUUGCCGGGGAUAUUGAUGGCGCCGAGGAUCUUUUGGUUCGUGCCAACUUAUUCAAAGAAGCUAUUGAGCUACUGAAUCGUCACGGCAAAUGGGAAAGGGCCUACGCAAUUGGCGAAAAAUACCUUAAAGCCGAGGAGAUGCGUGAUCUUUUCGUUAACUUAGCUGGCGGUCUAGAGGAACAGGGCAAAUAUCGAGAUGCUGAAAAGGUCCUUUUAGCAGUCAAUGAACCAGAUCUGGCCAUAGCUAUGUAUAAGCGUCGCGAACUAUACGAUUCCAUGAUACGUCUGGUAGAACGUUAUCACAAAGAUCUGCUUGAGAGUACCCAUCAACAUCUAGGUCGCACUUUGGAAUCGAAGGGUAAAUUUAAGAAUGCCGAAGUUCAUUAUCUGGCCGCAGGAGAUUGGAAAUCGGUGGUCCACAUGUAUUGUACAGCUGGCCGCUGGGAAGAUGGCUAUCGGGUAGCCAAACAAAAGGGGACGGAUGGGGCCAGUAAUCAAGUAGCUUAUAUGUGGGCCAAAUCAAUGCCUGUAGAAAGUGCGGUACGCCUUCUCAACAAGUUGGCUUUAUUGGACACUGCAGUUGGCUUCGCCUGCGAUUCGGGUCAAUUUGAUUUUGCCAUGGAUCUUUGUCGUUUUGCGGGUAAAUCUACCGAUGAAGUCCAUCUCAAAAUAGCAAUGUCCCUGGAAGAUGAGGGUAAAUUUGAAUUAGCCGAGGCUGAGUUCAUUAAAGCCAAUAAACCCAGGGAGGCAAUACUAAUGUACACCCAUGCUGGUGAUUGGUCUGCGGCACUAAAUGUGGCAGAGAACCAUUUACCCGAAGCAGUGACAGAAAUUCUUAUCAGCCAAGCCAAUGCAGCUUUGGAAACUCGAAAUUUUUCUGACUAUGAAGAUCUUAUGCUCCGAGCUCAUCGUCCGGAUCUUAUUAUAGAGUGCUAUAAAAAUGAGGGAAUGUUUGACGAAGCCAUUCGCAUUGCAGAAGAUCACUUGCCGAAUGCGUUGAACGACUUGCGACGUCUGGAAGCUCAGGAAUUACGUCGUAAUGGUGGCAGCAGCAGUUCAGGUGGCGCCCAAGCAAAUGAUUCGCGUGCCUAUCUUCAAAGGGCAGCUGAGUUUGCCAAAAAAGAAGAUUUUCGUAAAGCUGCAGAAUGUCUUAUGCUAAUCGACAAUACAAAUGCCGAAGACGCAACGACGGUGGAAAGAGCAUUGCUGCGGGCGGCCGAGAUAUGCAAUCAAUUUUUGGAAGGAAAGGAUGCCAUAGAUAUUGCUAAUCAAUUGGGUCCACGUCUAUUGCAAAUCAAACAAAUCGGUCCGGCAGCUCAGUUAUAUUUGGCUGCGGAAAUGCCCAAAGAGGCCGUAGAUGUUUUCAUUAAAGCAGAACAAUGGUCGAAGGCUAGACGUUUAGCAAAGGAACUGGAUCCGGAGUUGAUGGCUUAUGUCGAGCAUCAACAGAAAACUCGUCUCAAAAGUGAGGGUAAUGUGGAACAAUUGGCAGAUAUAGAUAUUAUUAGUGCCUUAGAUAUGCUGGCUGAACAAGGCCAGUGGCAGAGAUGUUUGGAUAAAGCCAAACAAAUAAGCUCAGCAGUACUGCAUAAAUAUGUCGCACUCUAUGCUGCCCAGCUUAUUCGAGAGGGUGAUAGUGUUUCUGCUCUUGAUCUGUAUAUGAAUUAUGGUGCUCCUCCAUUGGAAGCAAAUUUUAAUAUUUACACUAGAAUUGCCCUGGAUUGUUUUGCACUACGUGAAGAGUCAUGUUCAGAUGGUGUCUGGAGAAAAUUGCGAGAUUUUCUUUAUCGUCUAUUGCAGGCUCUAAAAUCAUCAGAUUAUUCGCAGGCUUCAAUAUCGGAAAAUAUAGAAAAAUAUCUACUUAUUGCGCAUUAUUACUGCGCACGCAGUGCCUGCCGUCAUGUACAGGCACUACAGCCCAUAGCACUGCGAAUAUCCAUUGCCCUGUUACGUUACACCGAUAUCAUUCCCGUAGAUAAGGCAUUCUAUGAAGCGGGAAUGGAUUUACGCAAUGCAGGACGUGAGGCGGAGGCCUUUAUUAUACUUAAUCACUAUUUGGAUGUUUGUGAGGCCAUUGAAGAUGGUACGGGCAAUUUAGUGGAUCACAGCGAUUUGGCUGCAACCGAUUUUCCCAGUUCGGUGCCAAUACCCGAAGAAAUUCAUUUGAAAAAUGAUCCUGAUCUUCACGAAGAAGUCAGAGAAUGGGUAUUGGCGGUAAGUAUGGAUCAACAGGUGGAUCAGGUAUUGCCCAUUGAUGAUCGUGGUCUAUAUGAAUCGAGUUUGGGUGCGGAUGAUGUAGCCUGCAUUCUUAGUGGCUAUCCCGUUCGAGGUCGACAGCCGGUUACUUUUCAGUCAUCAACACGUCAGGCAAAUCGUGAUGUAUGGAGUAAAUUCGCCGUAGCCAUGAAAUUGUCGGCCACAAGUGAAAUCAGUGAUGUUAUUGCCUUUACCGAAAAAUGGAAUGGCAUGGCUAAUUUUGUAAUGCACUAA